AUGCGCCAAACUCUUUUUGUUCUGACCGCAAUGGCAAUGGACGUGGUCAAACAGCUGAUACGAUUGGCUUUGCUCCAAGCUGCAGGAAAGCAGGUGGAUUUCGCCCCUAGUAUCGAUUUGGCCAGGAAACUGCGUAAUGAGUUGUACGAUCGCUUCCUUAUUGUGAGAAUUCUCGAGAGAGACAGUCGCACUUUAUGUGAGAACGUGAAAACUUGGCAGAAGGAAUACGAGGCUCUAGAGCAACAAAAUGCAGAAAAUCCUAAAAUAGCGGAACGGAUCGCCAGUCAACUUCGCAACAUUCACUGUGUGAUGGGCGAAUUCAGACGAACGUUAGGUCAGCUAAAGGAACCAUCCAACGCGGCAAACACAAGAAGGGAUGCCCCGACUCAGUGA